AUGACGCUGCCAUAUUACAGAAUAUCAUCGACUUUAGAAGGGCACAGCGAUGAUGUGAAAGCUGUGCAUGGCUGCUCAGACAAUUCAAUUUUAUCAGCCAGCAGAGACGGGAGUGUGAAAAGAUGGACGAUGGAUUUGAACGAGUACAAGCUGGAAGGGACAUACGUAGGGCAUGGUGCGUAUGUGAACAGCGUGGUAUACAAUGAGGAGAUAAUCUCAGGAGGUUCAGACUCGAGGGUGUUAGUGCACGAUUUGGACCGUCAGGACAAGCCCCGCGAGACCCUGCUAGAGCAUUGGGGCAACGUUUGCUGUUUAUCAGUACACUCGGAAACACUAGUCAGCGGCAGCUGGGAUUUGAGUGCGCGGGUGUGGAGAGCGCAAAAAGGGCAAUACGAGCAGACGCUCAGACUAGACGGACAUGAAGAGGCAGUUUGGGACGUUAAAUGUCUUUGCGAUGGCUCCUUCCUGACAGCCUCAGCUGAUAAGGUUAUUCGCCGGUUUGAUAAGUCCGGAAGGCUUAUCAAGCGCUAUCAAGGACACUCCGAGCCCGUUCGCUCACUUGCUUUGUUGAAUAACGACGCCUUCUUCUUGUCGGCGUCUAAUGAUGGCACACUGCGCAAGUGGGCUGUCGAGACUGGAGAGCAAGUGUGCGUUAUGCGUGGACAUUCGUCGUUUGUGUAUGCAGUGGCUGCACUUGCAUCGCCCACCGAUGAUGAUUUCGUUGUCAGUUGCGGAGAGGAUUUUGAAGUGAGAUUGUGGCUGGGUGAAACCUGCUUGCAGACUAUUCUCAUACCCGCUGUGUCUAUCUGGAGCGUCACUGUGCUUCCGAAUGGCGAUUUCGCAGUCGGUACUUCGCAGAAUCUUGUUCAUGUCUUCACACGUGCGGAAGAGCGUACAGCUACCAAUGUAGCUUUAGAUGAAUGGGAAGCACAAUCAGCGCAGCUGAAGGAGAGACAAACGGGCAGAUCAGAAGAGCGGUUGGUGAAUGAAAAGUCACCGGUACUGAUUGAUAUAGACGUCGAUGAUGACACACCGAAUCUGCAGCUCAAGUGGGAAAUGGGCGAUGAUGUAAACGAGACUGCCAGGAGGUUUGUCGAGGAGCACAGCUUGUCGCCGAACUAUGAAGAUCAGAUAGCGCAGUUCCUAUGGCAGGCCGUGGGAGGCGUAGGAGGGGUGGAGGUAGGACAGCAGAUUGAUAGCGUUGAGGGUGCGCAUAAUGAUGCGGAAGCAGAGUCAGAAUCAGAAUCAGAAUCAGAGUCAGAAGAGUCAUUAAAGCCGCCAAAGUCAAAUUCACAGUCAGAGUCAAAAUCAGAGUCGCCAAAGUCAAAGACAAAGUCGCCAAUUAAGCGACUCGCAGAAAUACUAACAUCCAGUGCGACUAGGAGGGUGAUUGUGAUGGCUGGCGCUGGAGUAUCGACGGGUGCGGGACUACCAGAUUUCCGCUCACCUAACACGGGGCUGUACGACAAUCUGAAGCAAUACAAUCUGCCCUACCCGGAGGCGGUUUUCGAUGUGGAUUUCUUCCGGGAGCAGCCCGAGCCAUUUUACGCUUUAGCCAAGGAGCUAUACCCUGGGUCGUACCUGCCUACGAUGACGCAUUAUUUCUUCAGACUGCUUGAAGUGCGAGGCAUUCUCAAGCGCGUGUUCACGCAGAAUAUCGAUACAUUGGAGAGAGUAGCGGGUGUUUCUGACGAGAAGAUGGUAGAGGCGCACGGGUCGUUUGUGCGAGCUCGUUGCAUAGAUUGCAAGGUGGUGAGCGAUGGGGCAUACGUCAAGCGGUGCGUAAUGCAAGGUGUCAUACCACGCUGUCAAGAGGAGAACUGCUCGGCUUAUGUUAAACCUGAUAUAACAUUCUUCGGAGAGGCUCUCCCGAAAAGGUUCUUCGAUCAGCUGGAUGACUUGGGUGAAUGCGAUCUGCUCAUGGUGCUCGGGACUUCGCUCGAGGUGCACCCUUUCGCUAGCCUCAUUGGUUUGGUGGAGAAGAGCGUUCCGCGCGCGCUGCUCAAUCUUGAACGUGUGGGUGAGCGCAAGUAUGACGGAGGGUUUGAUUUCGAGGACGGGAGCAGGGAUAUCUUCUGCGGAGGUAGAACAGACAAUGUCAUUGUCGAGCUGGCCAAGGAGUGUGGGUGGCUCGAUGAACUGAUGGAGCUGUACACCACUGAGCGGGGAAGCAAGGCGAAAGAGUUUGCACUGGAGGGUGCGCUCGACAAGUUGAGAUUGUAG